AUGGCUUUUCGUACAACCAAUCAACAUGAUAAUCGUGGAUUUAUCAUAAACAUCAAUCCCAAUCCAUCACCAGCUGAACUAGAACACCAAUCUGAAAUUGCCCAGUUGAACAUCGAGUGGCGUCAGGCAUUUCAAGAUCUACUCGAAAAAUUUAACAAACUUGAAAAACAAUAUAUUCAAGAUAUCGUUGGAUUAAUGAUUGACCUUAUGGUGACAAAAGUUGAAGCUAACAUCGAUAGUCAAAAGCGUGCUUUUUCACCUGAUGAUGUUGCUGAAGGAAGGAAAAAAAGAGCUCGCAGCAAUUAG